AUGGACGCAGCAUCACCAACACCCCUCCCCUCCUACGCGAAUGGACGACUCUCGCGCCAACCUUCCAUGUCAAUGCGGCACUUUCCCCGCCGCGACUCUCCACUCUCCCUCGGACAAACCCAAGGGUUCCCAUCGAAGGCGCCGGCCGUCCAAAACAUCAGCGCGGGCGACAGUUCCGACGACGAUGCUCCCGCUCCACCUAUCGAACUGAACCCUAUUACACGCGCUCUUUUGGAGAGGCAGUUCGGCGAGUCGCCGCACAAACGAGCCUCGAAACCCACCGUUCUGCGAAUCAGCCGCGAUGGAAGUGCGACAAACACGCCCGCGAAGACGGACAGCAUCACGCCGGCCCCGAGUCUACGGGUCAAGCGCGUCGGGAUGCAGGGCGCGCCGAUGCGCAGAAACAAACGGACACCCCAGAGCGAAGACGACCCGAUCCAGACCACUGUGCAGGAUCAGGAAAAUCUGAUCACGUCGUCGGUCGUGAAAUCGGCGGGUAAGGAGGGCCAUAUCGGCGUGGAAAGCCACCGACGGAUCCCCAUCCACCGUGACGAGCGUCCAGCGCCUCUCGCGGCCGUCAGCGCGAACACACCGCGUCGUCCAGCGCCGCCACCCCCGCAGCCGAAGAUGUCGGUAAUCGAGAGCGCGGCGGCGGCGCCGGCAGCGACGAAAUCGAAGAAGAAGAAGGGACACUUCACGGUGAAUGGCAAGGCGUAUAGUCAGCUAGGGAAGCUGGGGAGAGGGGGUAGCUCGGAUGUGUAUCGAGUGCAGGCGGAAAGUGGGAAGCAGUUUGCGUUGAAAAGGGUGAAGUUGGAGGAGGCGGAUGAGAGUGCGAUUGUGGGUUAUAAGGGAGAGAUUGAGUUGUUGAGGAAGUUGGCCGGCGUGGAUAGGGUGGUGAGGUUAUAUGAUUGGCAAGUGGAUGAGGAUAGACAGUUGCUCUACGUGUUGAUGGAACCCGGAGAUAUGGACCUUUCCAAGAUCCUCCGCACUAAAUUCGACCCCCCUCGAUCCGAGAAACUCGACAACAGUCCUGAAGUCAAGCUCGACAUCCCCUUCACCCGCUUCUACUGGAACGAAAUGCUCGAAUGCGUCGCCUCCGUGCACGCCCACGACAUCGUCCACUCCGAUCUCAAGCCCGCCAACUUUCUCCUCGUCUACGGCCAGCUGAAACUCAUUGACUUCGGCAUCGCCAACGCCAUUGACAUCGAGAACACCGUGAAUGUGCACCGCGACAACCACGUCGGCACCCCUAACUACAUGUCCCCCGAAUCCCUCCAGGACAGCAACGCCGGUCUAAAAGACGACGCCGCCCGAAUGGGCAAGCUCAUGAAACUCGGCAAGCCCAGCGACGUCUGGAGCCUCGGCUGCAUCCUCUACCAGCUCACCUACGGCCGCCCACCCUUCGCCCACAUCCCCAACCCCAUCAAUCGCGUCCUGGCCAUCAUCAACCCCGCCAUAACCAUCGACUACCGUGACGUGGGCAUCGGCGGCGUCCGCGUCCCCCCCGAGCUGCGCCGCGUCCUCAAGAAAUGCCUCAAUCGCAACCCCAGCGAGCGGCCGACAGUGCUCGAGUUGCUCGACGAGGCGGACCCGUUCCUGCACCCGGAGAACGCGGCGGAUCUGCGCAUCUCGCAGGACCUGCUGGCGCAGAUGAUCCAGCGCGUGGCGGAUCGGUUUCGGGAUCCGAAUAAGGCACCGCCGACGGAUGAGGAUAUUCGGUCGUAUCCGGCGAUAUUUUAUGAGCGGAUACGCGGGUGGCAGCAGGAUCAGUGA